UACCUAGCUGAAUGCAUGCAAAUGUCCACUAAGUUGAUCCCAGCAUCUAAGCAUCGUGAAACACCUGUUUACCUGGGAGCCACAGCGGGCAUGCGCUUACUUAGAAUGGAAAGUGAACAAGCGGCAGACAGGGUCCUGGCUGCAGUGUCAAGAAGCCUUAGCAAGUACCCCUUUGACUUCCAGGGUGCCAAGAUCAUCACUGGCCAAGAGGAAGGUGCCUACGGGUGGAUUACUAUCAACUACCUACUGGGAAGAUUCACUCAGGAACAGAGAUGGCUAACCCUCAUCUCCACAGACCACCAGAAACAGGAAACCUUUGGUGCUUUGGAUCUCGGUGGCGCCUCUACACAAAUCACCUUCGUACCCCUAAACAGCACUAUAGAGGCCCCAGAAAACUCUCUGCAAUUUCGCCUCUAUGGUGAGGACUACAGUGUGUACACACACAGCUUCCUGUGCUAUGGGAAGGACCAGGCACUCUGGCAGAAACUAGCCAUGGACAUUCAGGUUUCAAGUGGCGGGAUUCUCAGGGACCCAUGCUUUCACCCGGGAUUCAAGAAGGUGGUGAAUGUCAGUGAACUCUACGGCAGCCCCUGCACCAAGAGAUUUGAAAAGAAGCUACCAUUUGAUCAGUUUCAAAUCCAGGGCACUGGAGACUACGAACAGUGCCAACAGAGCAUCCUCAAGCUCUUCAACAAUAGCUAUUGCCCUUACUCCCAUUGUGCCUUCAAUGGUGUCUUCUUGCCACCUCUCCAUGGGAAUUUUGGGGCAUUUUCAGCUUUCUACUUUGUGAUGGAUUUUUUUGGGAAGAUGGCAAAAGACAGUGUCUCCUCUCCGGAAAAGACGACGGAGACCUUAAAAAAAUUUUGCUCAAAGCCUUGGGAGGAGGUGAAAACAGCUAGCCCUACAGUAAAGGAGAAGUACCUGAAUGAAUACUGCUUCUCGGGGGCUUACAUCCUCACCCUCCUUCUGCAAGGCUAUAGCUUCACAGCCAAUUCCUGGAACCAGAUUCAUUUUAUGGGCAAGAUCAAGGACAGCAAUGCAGGGUGGACUUUGGGCUACAUGCUGAACUUGACCAACAUGAUCCCAGCUGAACAGCCGCUGUCCCCACCUCUCCCUCACUCCACCUACGUUACCCUCAUGGUUCUCUUCUCCCUGAUCUUGUUUGCUGUGGCCAUCAUAGGCCUGUUCAUUUGUAGCAAACCUUCAUAUUUCUGGAAAGAGGCGGUAUAGCAGCAGCAGCUGAAGUUUGCUGUCUGGAGUGAGAAUGCAGCUUGCCCAGGGAGCCAGUUCCUCCCUACUGUGA